AUCCGUCCGCCCCUACCCUCUCCUUUCCCUAGAAAGAAGGCCAAGAUGGCGGCGAGAGUGGCCGUUAGAGGGGGUGUCUGAGAGGUUUCCAUCAGGUGGCUUCUCCGCCGCAGAGAAGAAUAAGAGGCGUCGGUGGGAAAGCGGGCGAGCUAAACCGAGGCUGGCCCAGUCUUCAGAUAUAUUCUUAGCGGUUGGCUGAUAGUAUAGCAUGGCAGCAGGAGGCAGUCCUUUUGAAGACGGACUGGACGAUCAUGAUUUACCCAGUUGGGGUAAUGAAAGCCUUGAUGAUCGAUUGAACAAUACGAGUUGGGGUGGUCAGCCCAAGAGACCAAACAGAUCUUCAGAGAAAAAUAGGAAAAAAAUUGUUGGCGGAAGUGACACAAGACUUACUAAUGACAUAUCUCCGGAAUCCACACCAGGAAUUGGACGGCGGAAAUCAAAGACCCCUCAUAGCUUUCCUCAUACCAGAUACAUGACCCAGAUGUCUGUCCCUGAGCAGGCAGAACUGGAAAAGCUUAAGCAAAGAAUAAACUUCAGUGAUUUGGAUCAGAGAAGUAUUGGAAGUGAUUCUCAAGGAAGAGCAACAGCUGCUAACAACAAACGGCAGCUUAAUGAAAACAGAAAGCCAUUCAACUUCCUGUCACUGCAGAUUAACACUAACAAAGGAAAAGAUGCCACAUCAAGUUCUCAAACACAAGAAACUGGUGGACCAUCCCAGUACAAAGACUUACUUACAGCUGCCUUGAGUAAGGAUUUGUUACAGAAUUGUCCUGUUUCGAUUGAAGAAGAUGGCAGAGGCGAACCUGUUGUGGACAGUAGCCAGAUUGUAAGCAGAUUAGUUCAAAUUCGUGACUAUAUUGCAAAAGCCAGCUCAAUGCGGGAUGACCUUGUUGAGAAAAAUGAGCGAUCUGCUAAUGUUGAACGCUUAACACAUCUCAUAGAUCACUUGAAGGACCAGGAAAAAUCGUACCUGAAAUUUUUGCAGAAGAUGCUUGCUAGAGAAAAUGAUGAGGAUGGUCGGACUAUAGAUUCAGCUGUGGGAUCUGGUUCUGUAGCUGAGAGCACAUCGCUAAACAUAGAUGUGCAGUCUGAAGUUUCAGAUACCACGGAGAUAUCUUUUAGUCCGAGAACUCGACCCCGCAUUGAGGACAAACUAGGGAAUUCGGCUGCUCAAGGACAGGUUUCAGACCUUAACGUUACAGCAAGUCCAAAAGUGAAAGGUGACAGAACUGCUCUGAAUGGCAGGGAAAUCUGGCCUAGUAUGAUAAAUAGCCAAGAACCUGGAUUGCUCUCAAAGGCUAGAGAUCCCCAGCAAGAGGCUACUGAAGAGCUUGCAAAUCUAAAGAAGCAACAUGAUUUACUGAAGAGGAUGUUGCAGCAGCAGGAGCAACUGAAAGCUCUCCAAGGGAGGCAAGCUGCUCUCCUUGCUCUGCAGCACAAAGCUGAGCAAGCCAUUGCUGUCAUGGAUGAGUCUGUUGUUACAGAAACUACUGGUAGCAUUUCAGGAGUGAGUUUAACAUCUGAGUUAAAUGAAGAAUUAAAUGACUUAAUUCAGCGUUUUCACAACCAGCUUCAUGAGUCUCAGGCUCAGUCUGUGCCAGAUAAUAGAAGGCAAGCAGAGAGCCUCUCUCUUACUCGGGAGGUUUCGCAAAGCAGGAACUCUCCCCUGUCUGAGCAUUUGUCUGAAGAGAAGGCACAACUCUUUAGUAAGAUGAUAGCACUCCAGGGUAAAAAGCAAAAAAUGGACAGGUUGCUAGGAGAACUACAUACACUUCGUGAUCAGCAUCUUAACAAUUCAUCGCUAUUGCCUGCCACUGGCUCACCUCAGAGGAGUGCAGAUCAAAGAAAUCCCAUGUCAGCAGCUUCUGAAGUGGCAGCUGUCAAUGAAGAAUCUCACAGUUUACCAUCAUCUGUUGUGUAUCAUCGAGAUUCUGUAACCUCUCAGAAUGAGAGUGAAGAUGAUGAACACCUAAACCCUACAGAAAAGCUACAGAAGUUGAAUGAAGUUAGGAAAAGACUGAAUGAAUUGCGUGAAUUGGUCCACUAUUAUGAACAGACCUCUGAUAUGAUGACUGACGCAGUAAAUGAAAACACUAAACAGGAAGAAGAAACUGAAGAUUCAGAGUGUGAUUCAGAGCAUGAGAAUCCACAGCCCGUUACUAAUAUUAGAAAUCCUCAGGGAACCAGUAGCUGGGGAGAAAUAAAUUGCAAUAGCAAUUUGCAGUGUGGGACUAAUAACCGAAAUGGAAGGCAUCUUAAUACAGCUUGUGAAAUAAACAACUGCUCUGCCAAUGUAAGAAUGCUGAACAUGCCGUCAACAUUAGACUGUCAUUACAAUAGAGAAGAUGAUGACAGGGCAGAUAUACCACAAGGUGAGAAGGAUGGUGAAGCUGAUAGAGCCAGCGAAGCUUCCUUAUCCAGUCGCAGAAGCAGUGCGGCUGAUGAUGGUCCAGUAGAUGUGGAGUUUGAACAGAAGAUUAACAGACUGAUAGCAGCAAAGCAGAAACUUAGACAGCUUCAAAACCUUGUUGCUAUGGUACAGGACGAUGAUGUAGAACCAGAGUCUGCAGUGAGAGAGAACGUGAGUGAAUUCUUUCUGGCUGAAGAGGAAAAAGAAAAGCAGCAACCGAACAACGUUCGAGCCAACACAAACAAGUCACAGAAAGGCAUGGGACUGAAUGAAAAAGCAAGGGAGAGAUUCUAUGAAGCAAAACUUCAACAACAACAGAGAGAGCUUAAAUAUCUCCACGAAGAAAGACAGAAAUUGGUAAAGAUUCAGGAAAAAAUCCAGGUGUUGCAGAAGGCUUGUCCAGAUCUUCAGUUGUCAUCUAGCCUGGAUAACUGUCCAGGUAAUGCUCCAACACCAGCUGUUAAUGAAAUCAACACAGCAAGUAAGGCUGUGGUUCAGCCAGAAGAAACAGCUAUGCUUGAUAGCGAGAUUUGGUCUGAGAUGCGCAGACAUGAGAUUUUAAGAGAUGAAUUGCGGCAAAGAAGAAAGCAGCUUGAAGCUUUAAUGGCUGAACACCAGAGGAGAAGAGAUUUUGUUGUUACGACGCCUGGUGGUGCUGGAUCCGUUAGGAGUGAUGGAUCAGAGGCUCAGUGCACUCCUCAGCAAAGCAGAACAGAAAAAACAAUGGCAACAUGGGGAGGGUCCACUCCAUGUGCUCUAGAUGAAGAUGAAGGAGAUGAAGACGCCUGUCUCUUUGAUGGACUUGGUCAAGCAGAAGAGGAAGAAGAACAAGAGACUAGUUCCAAUGAAUUUUCCAUGUGUCCCAAUAACAUAGAUCAAAGCACAAACUGUACGAAGGAUGAUAAAGAGAGCUGGAAGAGUCCUCGUCCUCUUUCAGCAGAUGGAAAUUACCGUCCUCUUACUAAAGCAAGGCAGCAACAGAACAUCAGCAUGCGGCGGCAGGAAAAUCAUCGCUGGAUGUCUGAACUUUCAUAUGUGGAAGAGAAAGAACAAUGGCAAGAACAGAUUAACCAACUGAAGAAACAGCUGGAAUUCAGUGUUAAUAUUUGUCAAACUUUAAUGCAGGACCAGCAGACCCUCUCCUGUCUCUUGCAAACCUUGCUUACUGGCCCAUAUAGCGUGAUGCCGAGCAACGUUGCUUCGCCUCAAGUUCAUCUCAUAAUGCACCAGUUGAAUCAGUGCUAUACACAGCUGACUUGGCAACAAAAUAAUGUUCAGAGGUUGAAACAAAUGUUGAAUGAGUUAAUGUGCCAACAAGAGCAGCAGCAGAAGCAGGAAAGAACACCCAAAAAAGAGAGAAGCAGCAGCCGGGCACCUCCUCCAUCACCCACUGUAUUUUGCCCCUUCAGUUUUCCAUCCCAAACAAUGAAUCUUUUUAACAUGCCUGGAUUCACAAAUUUUUCUCCUUUCCCACCAGGGAUCAACUUUGGUUCAAUGUUUCCAUCUGGCUUCGGUGACUUUCAACAGAACCAAGUUGCUCAAAACAGUGAACAGCAGCAUCAGCAGCCACUCCUGGAGCAUAACACUACUGAGAAAGCUGAAUAUAUGGCAUUUCCAAAGCCCUUUGAAAGUAGUUCCAGUGCUGGGGCAGAAAAGCCAAGAGGUCAGAAGCAGCCUGAAGAGGAAAUGGAGAACAGUAGACUGGCUUGGGCAAAUGACCAUCAGGAUGGAAGAAAAGAGAACCAGUUGUUCCUCAAGACCGGGUUUGCUGUGCCAGUACAAAGUACCAUUUGUGGUAAUCCCAAAAAUCAAUCUGACACCAGCAGAAGAAGAGAAUUUGAUGAAGAAUCUCUGGAGAGUUUUAGUAGCAUAUUUGGUACAGUGGAUCCUACUACUGUGACGAAAACAUUCAAACCUAGGAAAGCAUCUGCUCAAGCCAGUCUGGCUUCCAAAGACAAAACGCCGAAGUCAAAGAACAAGAGAAAGAAUACUUCCCAUUUUAAAAACAGGACUAAAGCUAAUGGUUAUGAAAGUGCCAGUGUUUCUAGUACAUGUGAACCUUGCAAGAACAGUAGGAACAGACAUUCAACUCGGAAGGAUGAAGGUGCCCAAGCAAAAGUAUUCAGUAAAAAGAAUCGGGAACAACUGGAAAAAAUAAUUAGAUACAGUAGGUCAUCUGAAAUGUCCUCAGCUCAUGCUAGGAGAAUACUGCAGCAGUCUAACAGAAAUGCAUGCAUAGAAGCACCAGAAACAGGCAGUGAUCUUUCUAUGUUUGAAGCUUUGAGAGACACCAUUUAUUCUGAAGUCGCUACACUGAUAUCUCAAAAUGAAUCUCGCCCUCAUUUUCUAAUUGAGCUAUUCCAUGAACUUCAGAUGCUAAAUUCAGACUAUUUGAGACAAAGAGCAUUGUAUGCUUUGCAGGAUAUCGUAGCCAGGCAUACAGCUGAAGACAGCACAAAAGCAGAAUGUCCCAAACCACUGAGCUCAACAGCGUGGGUAGGAUCCAAUUCAGAACUUACGCCCAGUGAAAGCCUUGCAACUACUGAUGAUGAGACAUUUGAGAAGAACUUUGAUCCAGGGACUCGUAGAGAAUGUGAAAAAAAUGAUGGGGACAAUGGCAGUACUAUGUCUGCAUCUUCCAACAUUGAACCCUUUGCUACUGAUGAUCUUGGCAACACUGUUAUUCAUUUAGAUCAGGCGCUGGCUCGAAUGAGAGAAUAUGAGCGAGUAAAAAUGGCAGCUGAAAGUAACCUCGAUUCUGAAGAUGGUUGUAGUUGUAAUCCCCAGGUUGUUUCUGCUUCUAAAAUGGAAGGUUCUGAUACAAGGGAAGGUCACUGUGCUGAACAAGCUAGUGAAGUAUCUACCGUUCCUUGUCCACGAAUUGAUACUCAGCAGCUUGACCGGCAAAUUAAAGCUAUCAUGAAAGAGGUGAUUCCUUUUCUGAAGGAACACAUGGAUGAGGUGUGUACAGCUCAGCUCUUGACUUCAGUACGGCGCAUGGUCUUGACCCUUACACAACAAAAUGAUGAAAGCAAAGAAUUUGUGAAGAUCUUUCAUAAGCAACUUGGCAGCAUAUUGCAGGACUCACUGGCAAAAUUUACUGGUAAGAAGUUAAAGGAUUGCGGGGAGGACCUUCUUGUGGAGAUCUCUGAAGUCUUAUUCAAUGAACUGGCCUUCUUUAAACUCAUGCAAGACUUGGACAACAAUAGCCUGACCGUGAAGCAAAGGUGUAAAAGGAAGAUUGAAACUGAUGGAAUGAUACAGUCAUAUGCCAAAGAGGCAAAAAGGUCACUUGAAGGAGGAGCUUGUUCAUAUACUGAAGAUAUUGAUGAAGACAAAGAUAAAGAUGAAACUGAAACUGUUAAGCAAGCUCAUGAACCUGCAGUAUAUAACAGAGAAGAUCCCAAAAGCAGAGGAUCAGAUGCUUCCGACCAGGAAGAAGAGGAAAGUGAACAUUGUCCCGUAUCCAUAAGCUUGUCUAAAGCAGAAACCCAGGCCCUAACUAAUUAUGGAAGUGGAGAAGAUGAAAACGAAGAUGAAGAAAUAGAUGAUUUUGAAGAAGGACCUGUCGAUGUCCAAACCUCCCUCCAGGCAAACAAUGAAACUGUAGUUGAAAAUGAACAAGAGCAGGUUUCACAGCAUAAAUUGGAGAAUCCAAAUGAGUGCAAUACUGAGUUGGUGUCUGUAAAUACUGAAGGUGAUCAGAAUUUAACUGUUAUUGUGUCACCAUACAUUAAUGUAUUGGAAGAUGCACAGCUUUUACCUAUCAGAGCUGCUGAAGAUCUUAAUCCUAGUGCAAUAUUAACAGUGGAAGAAUCAACUCCGUCAGCAGAAAACAAAAAUCAAACAUCAGAAACUGUGCACAGAGAAACCAAAUCUUCAUUAGGAUCUUCUGAAAGCUCUGUGGUUGGAAGUCCUGAUACAGAAUCUCCUGUGUUGGUGAACGAAUAUGAAACUGGUUCUGGAAAUAUCAGUCAGAAAUCAGAUGAAGAUGAUUUUGUAAAAGUUGAAGAUCUUCCCAUCAAACUUACAGUGUACUCAGAGGAAAAUAUAAUGCAAAAAAUGGUGGCAGAAGCCCAGACCAGCAACAUUGCUGAGGAAAUACUAGCUAGUGAAGAAAGUCAUGGUGAAGAACUAGCAGGAGAUCCACAGAUGCUGAAAGAACCAGAGCCUGCUGGAGCCCAGAGUGCGUGAACAUCGCCUCCAGAGCUUCUCCUUGGCCUACCUUCUGUGAAUGCAUAUAGAAAACGCCUCUUAAACUUCACACGUUCUAAUCUGUAUAAAAAUGUAAAUUAGUUUUUUUUUCACUGCCUCUUAGACUAGGCAUGCUAACGUGCACAUAAAAGCCUAAACAGCUAAAACUGACUUUUCAGUCUUGCUGCGCAGUUCUUUUCUGUCUGACAUUUUUAAUGUAAUUUCAGCAGUUUUAAAUAAAGUUUGACUUGUAUGUGUUUUGAAGGUUGCUGGAUAAAACUCUGACGUGUUUUGGAUUCAGGGAAAACGUUUGUAUUGAAUUAUAUUGCAGAAUGGGGGAGCCGAGGAUAAGCAUUUGAGGACCCAGCUGACUAAGGGAAAGAGUCCCACUCCCCUGCAAGAUUAAGAUUUCAUAAUGUUAGUGUUCAACUAUGUUUUAAAAAUUUAAAUUAAACAAAACUUCAUUUCA